AGCUGAGCGGGGCUGCGCGCGAAGCGCCGCGCUUGCGGCUGGCUUCCUGUUUGUUCAGCGCGAGCGGCUGCGGUAAAAUUUCCAUUACACGCUGGACAGACAGGGCGGUGAAGAGAAGAAAAAGAAAAAAAAAAAGGGGGGGGGUUUAGCAGGUCUCUCAACUUACUAGAAAACAAGGAAGCGCGCGGCUUCGGGGAGCUGGGGAGGAUUCCCGCCACCGCGGGAACCGCGGGAACCCCGGCAUCCCCUCGCGCCCGGCUGCUGCGGGAGCCGCGUCCCCGUCCCCCGUGCGAGCACCCCGGCCUCAGCCCACACCCCAAGGUCCCUCGCUUUGCCCCCCCCAAAAUUCCCCGAACGCCCUCAGCCCCGAGCGCAGCCCAGGCUCGAGGCAGGUUUUGGGCUGUGGGCAGCGUGGGCGUCUCCGGCCCCUUCCCACCUGGCCGCCAGCCCCCCCCCGGGGAUGCCCAAACCGGGGCGCAGAGCAGCGCCGGCGGCUUGCGGCUCUGAGCGAGGCAGAACUGCAGGGCAACGAUCUUUAUUCUACUUUUUAAUCUUUCUGUGAAACCUCGGCAGGCCCAGAAAAGCCACUUUGGCCGUAGACUUUGGGAGCAGUGUGAGGAAAACACCAGGAAAGGUGGGAAACGGGCUGCGGAAAGAGCGAUGCUCCCGAAGGAUCCGGGCGCACCGGCGCCGGAGGAGAGGAGCGGUUUGCCGCGGCGCGGGGCCGAGCGGGGAGCCGUGCUCCUCGCCCAGGCUUUUUCAGAGCUGGCUACCGUGGAGGCAUCCCGACUGCCGCAUUGGUGUGAUGCUCCUGCCGGAUCCCAGCACAGGCAGAGGCCCCUGCGCUCGGCGCGAGCAGCCUCACUGACGCCCCGGGACGCCCAGGUGUGCAGCGCCCGCGGCUGGGUGCCCUGUGCUCAGCCAGCUCACGGGUACAGAAAAAUGAAACUGCAACAUCCGCGGAAGUCCUGGAGCUCCUGCUACCUCCUCCUGGGGAAGUUGUACAGAGUUUGCAGCUGGCCACGACUGCAGGCUGCGGAGCCGGGGGCUGCUCGGAGCCGGAGCCGGGGCGGCGAGGGGCGCCGAGCUGCCGAGGGCCCAGCUGGUUGUAAACAAGGCAAAGCCGCGCUCCAGAGGAAGGGUGGGGGACGAGGCCAAGAUGGCGCCGCUGCCUCCAAGAUGGCGCCGCCGCCAAGAUGGCACCACCGCUGCCCCCCUCCCCCCACCCCCGAGAUGGCGCCACCGCCUCCAGGUUGGCGUCGAGGAUGGCCGGAGGCCGGGAGGGAGGAGGACAGGGUGCUUUGGCACGGAGCGCAGCGCUGCUGGGGUAAAACGGGGCUCGCCGAGGGCAGCGGCCGGGCCCCGGCCCUCGAGGCUCUCCCGGGGUCGCUGGCCAAACCGCCGCCACCCCUCCGCGCCGGCGCUUCCCGCCGCCUACGCCGGGGGCUAUUUUUAGCCGGCUCUGAGGGCAGGUCGGCGGAGGGCUCGGGCGCCCACCGCCCGCUCGCGGGAGCUCGGCCCCUGCCGCCUCCAGGGGUGAGCCGGGCGUUUGCUGCACGAGCCGCGGCGGCGGCGGCUGCCUGCAAGGGGCCUGCGAGAGCCUCUGCCCCCGCCGCAGCCCCGGGCUCCAGGCGGGAGCCGGCUCCGGGCCGGGGCUGCUCGUCUCGGCCCGUUUACGGCCCCUGCCGCGUCGUCCCCUCGACUCGUGCCGGGAAAGAAGCUCCCCCGCCACCGCCCGCUCUGACUCAGUGCCCCUCUCCGGGCUGCUCGGCUGGCGGCUUCCUGCCGGCAGCGGCGAGACGGGCUCUGCUCGCAGCCCUGUGAUCGGUUUGAGGGGGGGUUAUGUGCCGCAGUUGCCCUCCCGGGCCCGGCUGUGGGAGGGCUGCUCACGGAGCACCCGCCCGGCCGGGACCCGCAGCGGUGAGAGCAGCACCAGGGCUCUUCAGCAGGGUCUCGCUGCCUUUCAUCACCCACCCCUGCAGCCGGAGCAGGUCAGAGCGAACCCGCUGUGCCGCGGCACCUCGGCAGGUACCCUUCCUCCUGGGCAGGCCCAGGAAGACAAGCAGCUCCUCAGGGCCUUGCUGUCGCUAACCAAUGGCUAUAUUCAAGAAAAACAGAGAAAAAGUUUAUUAUUUUUUUCUUUAUAAAAUAUCUCCAAUAACUUAUAUAGGCAAAUAUUUAAAUUAAAAUAAAUUAACUCCACUCUACCCUGGGACAUGUGGCUGUCCACAAGGUCAAACUA